UAUCUGACAUUUCUAGAAUGCGGAACUUUCUCUACUAACAUAACAUAAAUUGGCAAAGAAAGAAGAUCCUUUGGUAUUUAGACUUUCUUGCACCCCUUCAUAUCAAGUUGGUUUGUCCACUUAUAUCAGAUUUAAGAAUGCAUCUGCGAAUGCCAUUAUUAUAGCCAUAUAUCUAAGUUUGCCUAAACUGGCGUGGGCUUUUGAUUAGUUAGCAUUACUUAUGGAGCGGAAACAUUAUUUCCACCUUACUUUAUGGUUUAAGGUCAUUUUAGUAUGUCAUGUUUUGGAAGAUAUACCAUGUUUUCUGAACUAUUUCUUGUGGCGUUAGGAUUCUGCAUGUAUUUUAAAAAUAAUCCCGUGAUUUGGAGUUUUUAAAAUAUAUUAUAAAUUAUUUAUUGAAAUUUUUAAAAGUGAUUUCAGCUGCUCUAUGACUGUUGACAGUCUAGUUUUUCUUACAUUACCUUGUAGGCGUGUGGACCAUGGCCUGGCUGCAACAAGUUGCGCUGCUAGCUCUAGCUUGUUGGGAAUGACAUUUAGGAAAUCUAAUUUGGUUGGUCAAAUUCACACACAUACAGCCACAUGCACAGAGAUAGAGAGAGAUGUUAUAUGAUGAAAAACAUUGGUUACAACUUCCAAUGAUCUAAAUUUUUUCUAUUAAAAGAAUUAGAGGCAUUUAGUUUUAGUUUUUUUUUUAACCUCUCGGCAUAUACGUUUUAGUUUCACUUUUCACUUUCUAACUAUUUUACUAGUUUAACACUACAUUAUUCGAUCAGAAUGUUUUCAGAACAUCAGUUCUUGAUCUAGGUUGGUGGAGGUACUGAACAAUAUUGUGCUGAGUUGAGAAUUUGACAGGUAUAAAUUGUUGAAGGGGAGCAUUCUUUUAGGCAUGGUGUAUCACAGGGAGACAAUACAUGUAUUUCUGGUUUACUUCCAAAAGCAGGAUUGGAAAUUUCUUCGUUGCUGGAGCAUGCAUAUCCUUUUUGGAUUUAGAUGCUGCUAUAAUUUUGUUUUCACCUGUUUCAGAUAUUCACAAGGAAAGUCCUGUUCUUCCCAUCAUUUUCCACCAAUGAUAGGUUUACAAUUUUGGACUUCCUAUCCUCAGGAUGGAACUAUUAUAUGUGGCCAAAAUGAAAUUUCUCACCUGGCUAAUGGACAUAUAGAACCCAUAAACAAGGAAGGUGCUGCCUCUGGCUUGCUUAUGGUGCAAACUACUAUGAAGCGAUGAUGACAGCACCGAUGGUAUUAUUAUCAUUAAAAGUUUACUACAAGAAAGUCCAAGCAUAUAGUAUUGUAGCUUUUAUCAUUAUUUUAGAGAACCUUAUCUAUUCAGUUCUUUUUUGUAGGUGUUUUUGUAAAUUGUUUGCAAGAAGGGACUUAAACAUAUUCUUAAAAAUUGUCUUGGGUAGGAUUAUGCAUCAACUAUGACACUGCCCUCUAGAAUUAAGCAGGUCUUCUGCAUGUCAAGUGAGGGUAGCAAAUUGUUGCAUGAGGUUGGUGAGAUGUCGCAUGUUGAUAACAUUACUUCAAGACUGCUAAUUGAGGUUUCUAAUGCUUGUUGUGAUGGUAACUUUGAGUUAAA